AUGGUCACCUUCUCCACAGAUUAUUGGGCUCCCGCCAUGGAGGCCACAGUCAGACGACGAACCGAAAAGUCGCCUCUCCACCUCAACAGCUCACAACAUGAAAAACAGCAACAACAACUACAAAAGCCCUACCUCGCUCAUAAAGACCACUGGAGCACACUCCGUCAAGUCCCCACCAUUGACUCUUCAGACUCUUCCAUCCUUGCCUCAGACUCUCAUACCGCCCUCCGAAAAACUCUUCAUUCAAGCAACAGCAACCACAGACACACUGCUUCCUCAGUCUCGGUCCCCAUCGCCGCCAAGAAGCAGACCCUGAUCCACAAGAUUUUCCACCCCCUCGAGCCAAAAUCGGGUUCUCACAGUCCACCUUCGUCCCCCGGAAGCGGAAGCCUCCUUGCCACCGAGGACCCUUACCUCCUCACCGCCACUAGCUCGCUCGAAAAGAAAAACAUCUUCAACUUUGUCCACGGUUUCGGUCGCCCUUCUUCCUCUUCGUUUGCAGGAAGCGAACGCAGCGAUGCUAAGUGCACGCUCUUGAAGAAGUACGGUAUCUGUGACAAGGGCAGCAUUGGUCAGGGCGCCACGGCCAUCGUCCGGUUGGCCCACAAGAUUGAAGAGUCUGAAAAGCUCUUUGCCGUCAAGGAGUUCCGGAAACGGAGAAAGGACGAGACCGAGAAGGAGUAUAUCAAGAAGCUGAUGAGUGAGUUCUGUAUCUCCUCCACGCUCCACCACGAGAAUGUUGUCGAGACCGUUGAUCUUGUUCAGGAUGAGCAUCAAAACUGGUGUGAAGUCAUGGAGUAUUGCUCAGGUGGAGACUUGUACAACACAAUCAAGCACGGACACAUGUCAAGAAUCGAGGUUGACUGCUGCUUCAAGCAGUUGAUGAACGGCAUUGCUUACCUGCACUCGAUGGGUGUCGCACACAGAGACAUCAAGCCCGAGAACCUGUUACUCGACAGCAAGGGUCACCUCAAGAUUACCGACUUUGGAGUCUCGGAUGUCUUCCGUAUGUGCUGGGAGACAAACGCCCAUCUGUCCAAGGGUCUCUGCGGCUCUGAACCUUACAUUGCCCCCGAGGAGUUCAAGUCCAAGGAGUACGAUGCCCGCCGUGUCGAUAUCUGGGCCUGUGGUAUUGUCUACUACUGCAUGGUCUACCAGGGUAUCCCCUUCCGCGCCGCAACCGCCCAAGACCCCAACUACCAGCACUUCUUGAUGAUGCGUGAGGUCAACAACUACGAGCCCUUUGAGAAGCUUCCCGUGGGAUGCCGCAAGCUCAUGAAGCGGAUAUUGGACCCCAACCCCGAGACCCGUAUCACGAUCGAGGAGAUUAAGGAGGACGAGUGGUUCAAGAGCAUCGAGUCAUGUGUCCAUGGUGAAAACCAAGAUCCUCACCGCCACUUUGAACGCCACCUGUAA